UUUUUUGUGUUGUUAGAGAAUGCAGAAUGAGGAAGAUGAACAUGAGCAGAAUGGGCCCGAAAUUGAUAAGACCAGUCCUAAGGGGAAGACAAUAGCGUGGCCAGCUGAUAAGGUGGUGUUCCAAAUCAGUCAGCAAUCUGACAAUGAAGACAAUAUAUCCAUGCAUUCGAGUAAAAAUAUGAAUCAUAUCAAGUGCAAGAUCUUCAAUUGGACUAGAAAAGAUGAAAUUGUUGCUGAAGGUCGUUGGGUUUCCAAUGAUUCAAAAAUGCUUGUUAAUGGUGUUCCUCUCGGACCUAAAGCCAUGAUUGUUUGGGUUGAUGUCCCGACAAGUCCUGAAGCUUUUAUAUAG